AUGAAGAAGUUAGUAUGUGCCUUUUUGUUGGUUUUGGUUUUACAAGUACUUAUGUGCUGUGAAGGUUGUUGGAAGCAAGAGAGAGAAGCACUUAUCUCUCUGAAUUCCCAUGUUGAAAAUGCUAUUUAUCCUUGGGUGCACAAUAAAACUGAUUGUUGUGAAUGGAAAGGAGUUGAAUGCAACACCACCACCGGAAGAGUCACCAAACUCACACUACACGAAUAUCCAUUUGUACGUUGCCAGCUUAACUACUCUGAUUUUAUAAUCUUCAAAGAUUUGAAGACUCUCGACUUGUCAGAUAUUAAUAUAUCCAAUUGUACAAGAACUGAUCAAGAAGGGUUGAAAUAUUUAGAAGUUCUUGACUUGGGUCAUAAUGCUUUCCAUAAUGCUAAAAGUUUUCUGUCUUGUUUAGAUGGUCUUUCAUCCCUUAAGUCUCUAUCAUUAGCUGCGUCCGAAAACCCUUCAUUACAAGUUUUUCAGACAGUUUUGGAGACAAUUUCCUCAAAGUUGCUGCAUCUGGAAGUUAUUGACAUAAGUUACAACUAUUUGACAAAUGAAAUUCUGCCUUCACUAAAGGGAUUCACAUCUUUGAAGGAACUGUAUUUGAGUGACAUUCGAUUGGACUCAGAUCUUCAUAUACAAGGAUUAUGCGCCAUAUUGAAGAACCUUGAGAUCAUAGACAUCUCCUCUAACAACUUCAAUGACACUGAUAUCGGAUCUGCUCUUGCUGACCUUUCCACUCUCAAGAGUUUAAAUUUACAAUCUAAUCAAAUUACUUGGAAAUCAAUUCAGAAUAUAUCUAAGUUAACGAGUUUAGAGAUCCUUGACUUGAGUUGGAACAGUUUGAACUUAUGGCCUCCAGAGAAUAAUGGAUUUGCAUGGCCGACCAAUUUACAAGUUCUUGGAUUGAGCUUUAAUAAUUUAAGUAACAAUAUUAUUUCAUCCCUAAAUGGUCUUUCAAGUCUCAAUUCUCUUGACUUAAGCUACAACAACUUGAAAGGAUCGCUAGAUGUCAGUGGAUUGUUAACUCUAUCCAGUUUGAAGAUUCUCAAUCUUAGGUUAAAUAAAUUGGUGGAUUUCGUUUUUCCCAAAGGGUUAAAAAAUCCAAGCAGAUUGGAUACUCUUGCUCUAGAUGGCAAUAUGAUUAACGGAAGCAAUUUACAUAAAUCGUUGCUGGCUUUCCCUUUGAUUAGGAAUCUUACUUUGACAGCCACUGAGUUUAAAGGAACAACUCGUGCUGGAGGUUUUCAUGUUUUAAGUAACCUUGAGGUCUUGGCAUUGGAUGAGAGUUCAAACUUGAAAAAUGAGUUUUUCAAAAGUAUUGGAGACUUGCCUUCUUUAAAAGUUUUUUCUGUGUCAGGCUGUUCGAUAAACGGCACUCUUCCAAGCGGAGAUUGGUCUAAGUUGAAGAAGUUGGAAGAGUUAGAUCUAUCCUCCAAUAAAUUUGUUGGGAAACUUCCCUCAUCUUUUGCCAACAUGACAUCGCUUCGGACCUUGAAACUUCGUAAUAAUUACUUUAUUGGUAAUAUUGGUCAUAAUCUUGCAUCUCUUGCUUCGCUUGAAUAUCUUAAUUUCGAAGAAAAUCAGUUUGAGUUUCCUAUUUCUUUCGCACCAUUUUCCAAUCAUUCGACCCUUAAGUUCAUCUAUGGUAAUGAGAAUAAAGUCAUCCUUGACUCACACUCAUCUUUAAAAACAUGGGUUCCCAAAUUUCAAUUGCAAGUUCUUCAAUUAUCUUCAACAGCUGAGACAAAUUCCAUUCCACUUCCAAACUUUCUUCUUUACCAAUACAGUUUGACUGAUUUGGAUUUCACUAGUUGCAAACUAAAUGGAGAGUUUCCAAAUUGGUUAGUAGAAAACAACACAAAACUUGGAAAUCUUACUCUUAGGAAUUGUUCGUUUAUAGGAGAUUUUCAGCUUCCGUGUCGUCCUCGUCUCAACAUGGCUAGAAUUGAUGUCUCUGAUAAUAAUUUAACAGGCCAAAUGUUGAGCAAUAAUAUCAGUUCAAUUUUUCCAAAUUUGAUCUAUCUGAACAUGUCUGGAAAUGCAAUCCACGGUUCAAUUCCUUAUGAGCUAAGUCACUUAAGCUCUUUAGAUGUUUUUGAUCUAUCUGAUAAUCAAUUGUCUGGUGAAAUACCUUAUAACUUAUCUAUAGUAGAGACUGAACUCACAUUCUUGGGAUUUUCAAACAAUAAUCUUCAUGGAUUCAUACCUCCUAUGUUGUUGUUAGGGUCCUAUUUUUUGGAGUACUUGUUGUUGGACGGUAAUAGCCUUUCUGGUAAGAUCCCAUUUAAUUGUUCUGACUCAAAUGAAUUCCUUUGUUUGGACAUAAGCUAUAAUGAAUUCGUUGGAAAUAUUCCAAGCCAGAUAAUAAAUUCUACUGUAUUGAUUGAGCUUUCAAUGUCCAAUAAUAAUUUUGAAGGAUCUAUCCCAUCAGUGUAUCCAGAGUAUGGUAGGCUUACUUUUCUAGAUCUUUCACAAAACAGUUUGGUUGGUUGUGUCCCAUCUUCUGUAAUGUUUUCUGUCAGCUUUGUCCAUUUAAGCAACAACAAAUUAAGUUGUUUGCCCAUGGUCGGAUCCAAAAGUAAUUCUCCCUUAGUGACACUAGACAUUAGCAACAAUGAAAUAAAAGAUGGAAUUCAUGGUCUAAUUCACGACCUCCUCAGUUUUACAGAAUUAGAAAUUCUACUUAUAAAAGGUAAUCACUUUACAGGGAAUAUACCAAAGGAGAUAUGCCGCCUAACAAGUUUGCAUAUACUAGAUAUUUCUUAUAACAAUUUUGUUGGGGAAAUACCCAGUUGUUUUGGUAAAAUGCCUUUUGAGAACAAAAAUCCUGAGGAGUCAAGGGAUCAAUUCAAUAGUAUCUAUUCCAGUCAUGGAUAUGUUUAUAAUCGGCUUCGAAAAGAGAAAGAAAAGUUUACUUCAAAGAAUAGAUUAGAAACUUAUACAACAAGUAUCCUUAUUUAUAUGUCUGGAAUUGACUUAUCUCAUAAUAAACUAAAUGGAAGUAUUCCAUCUGAGCUUGGAAACUUGACAAGAAUUCGGGCAUUGAACUUGUCCAACAAUUUUUUCUCCGGGAAAAUUCCGGCUUCAUUCUCCAAUUUGGUCCAAGUGGAGAGUUUAGAUCUUUCUUUCAACAUGUUGAGUGGUCAAAUUCCUCCUCAACUAAGUAGAUUGACUUCCCUUGAAGUAUUCAGUGUUGCACACAACAAUUUAUCAGGCACGACACCGGAAAGGAAAGGACAAUUUAUUACCUUUGAUGAAAGCAGCUAUGAGGGUAAUGAAUUUCUGUGUGGACCUCCACUGCCAAAAAGUUGCAAUCCUGCUACAUUACCAAAUGGCUUGAACAAGGAUGGAGAUAAUGAUAGUUGGGUGGACAUGUAUGUUUUCCGCGUGAGCUUUGUUGUGGCAUACACAUCAGUAUUGUUGCUAAUUGCAAUUGUUCUGUUCAUCAAUCCUUAUUGGAGGCAAGCAUGGUUUUACUAUAUAGGAUUGGUGAGCAUGAAUUGCUUCUACUUCUUCAAGGACAAUUUAUGUUUCUUUUAG